AUGAAUACUUUGCUAUACUGUGCAGCGGGAGAACUUGUAACGAAUCAAUGCAAUGCAGUAUAUCGUGCAAUGUGCGAUCUUGAAUGGUACAAAUUAGAAUCAAAAAAGGCGAGAAGUCUUAUCUUGUUAAUGAUACAAACCAAACGUCCUUUUUGUAUUACUGCUGGAAAGAUUUUUCCAUUAACAAUGACUACUUUUUGCAGUAUAUUAAAAUCAUCGAUUGGUUAUGUAUCAUUUCUAUUGACUAAACAUGGCUGA